AUGGGCAGGCCCGUCCAGAUCACGUUCCUCGUCGUCGGAGCGUCGGCGUCCAAAGCGACGCUGCAGCACAUAUCGGACAAGGUUGCGACCCACAUAAAGACCCUGACGGACAAGGCCGCGACCACAAUCCACAAGCUCGCCGCCGACAUCGACUUUAAGAAGCUGGAGAACCUGGACUUGCUGCAGCUGUUCACCAAAAAGCUGGCGAAGAAGCACCACGACUCCGGGGUCUUCGUGAUAGAUCCGUUCCAGGUGGAGCGGCUGAAGUACUACUUCGAGCACACGCACGGACCCAAAAGGCCCGCGGUGCCCCACCUCCCACCACAUAUCGGUCCACACCCCCAGUACGGGGUGCCCCAU